GCCCCCAUUCAUCCACAAAACUGCUCCUGGAAAGCAAGAGAGAGCUAGGCGUCUCUGUCGCUAUUCCUGCCUCGUUUUAUUGUAAUGUAGGACCGCUUUUGACAUCCAGAGGACCAGCCACAUAACCCGAAAGAGAGACGCUGCUUUUCCAGAGCGGUGCUGAAGUAUAUUGAUGACGGUAUCACGUGGUACGUGUUACUUUCCUCCGCGCUGGUUAGUUCGGACGAAUCACAGUUGCUCGUGAUUACACCCUAACGCUUUAUUACAAAUCAUUGCUGGAGGAGAUUUUAAUUUUAUCAUUGGUAUUAUUUCAGAUACCAAUUAACAUAUUCAAACGAUUAGGGUUUUUAGUGUGAAAAUAUCUCCAGUAAUGGAAAAAAACGUCUUGAGAUUUGAAUGCGGAUCAACGGACGGUUAGACUUUUUGAGCCAGUGAAGCGACCCCUGGAGGAAGACGACGUUUUGUUUGAUUUUUUUUUCCAUCAAACAUAUGCCUCUUAAUCCUAGAAACUCGUGUGUUCGUGCUAACGUAAACGACACAGAGCGACAGCAAUAAGUACUGAAGUAUUGGACAGUUUACAUUGACUACAAGGUGCUAUCCGAUUAAAUGGAGUCAGAAAGUGCGGGUGUGGAGCAGUCAUUGGGACCUGAGGAUGAACCAGUCCCUCCUCCUGUGUCGGCUGAAACUGAAACGGACAACUCAAGCCAUGAUACUGACAUUAGCAGUAAGGACACCUCCCAGAAGGCCGCUCAGGUGCAGCAACUGUGCCGCUUUUACUCUCAGGGCAGGCGAUGCUAUUACGGGAAAAGGUGCCGCUUUCUUCAUCAGAGAGCUGAAGGUCCAAUGAAAGAAGGAGAGAAUAGUACAGCUCACAAGGAGAAAGAAGGAAGCGUGGAUGGUCAGGCAUCAGAUCCACAGCAGCAGUCGAGUGAAAACGGCCAAUCUGGUACAGAGAAGCAUCCGCCUCCGUCCAGCCGCAGAACUGCUCCCAUGAAGCAGGAGAGAGCCAGGCGUCCCUGCCGCUACUUUCUGUCUGGGUUUUGUGCAAUGGAGGACCGGUGUCGCUUCUUGCAUCCACAGCAGUUUCCGCCCGUGGAGGACCAGUCUCAUGGCCCGAGAGAGAGGAGCAGCUUCAGGCCUUCCGCUCCAGCCGCACGACCAGCUAAAAGUCAUGAGCAGGUCAAACUGGCUGAUCUCACUGAAGAGGUCUGCAAGGAGCUGAGAGCCACUGAGAUCGCUCAGCUGAUCAAGAGAUUUCCGAAAGACAAUCUCAUCGUGCAGGAGAGAGAAGAUGGACAGCUGACCUACUACAGAGUCACGGUUCAAGCCACGGACCCUGACUGGCCAUUUGACCUUAACGAAGUGGACAUCAUGGUCAGCUUUCCACAGAGUUACCCUCAAGAGGUUUUCACUGUGGAUAUCCCUGAGGACCAGAACUUACCAUCACUUAUGGGGAGACAUGUGCAGAAGGCCUCAGAGGAAUGGCUGAGGGCUAAACAUGCCACUAAUCAGCUGAUGGGCAGAGUUGAGCUGCUCUUCAGGCCGUACUUGCGCUGGCUGGACCGUAGUAUGGAGAAACUCUUCACUGAUGGAGCCAGACAGCUGAAAAAAGACGUUGACCUUGAGAGGGCUGGAAUACAGUUUGUUCCCUAUGAACAACUCAAGGUCACAGUUUUUAAAAGCAAAUCCAGGAAAUCAGACACUCCUGAGCGUAUAGUGUCACUUACAGUGGCUUCAGGGGAGGAGGAGGAGGAGAAAGUGCAUGAUGAAGCUAAAGUAGAGGAGGAGGAGGAUGAGGAUCAGGAUGAAACUGCUCUCGGUAUUGAUGGGGAGGAAGGCAGCCACCAGGUGGAGAACAUAAAAACAAGAGAGCGACGACGAGGUACUGAAAUAAAACUGCUGGGUCUGAAACUGGGAGAACAAACGGCUACUGUGGCGGCCAGACAGAUCUCAAUGUCCCUGAGGUGCAACAGGUGUAAAGAGGACUCUGACCUGACCCUGAGCGGCCGUCUACCUUAUACUGCUAUGUGUGAGAAUUGUGGAGCAGAUAUCAGGGUGGCCUUCAGACCUAGUAUGAUUCACCACUACAGUGAUGUUUUGGGCUAUCUGGACAUAAGCUCAGCUGUUCCUGUAGACCUGGUACUGCAGGACUCCGAGUUCAGCGUUGGUUGCCUUAACUGCAACAAGGAGGACACAUUUCAGAAUCUGACCUAUGGGCAAAACUGGGAACAAAACUGCCAACAUUGUCAUACCAAACUCAAAAUUUUUGUGGAAGCGACACAAUUUCAGUUCAUUCAGCCACAGACCAGAAAUCAAACAGGUGGAGCUCCUAAAUAUGCUCAACGUUACAGAGACCCUGCAGUUCAGCAAGGGAAACCCCUACCUGAUAAAGGUGUCUGCAGGCAUUUCAGACAAAGUCACCGGUGGCUCAGAUUUCCAUGCUGCGGUCGGGCGUACCCAUGUGACGUGUGCCAUGAUGAAGAUCAGGACCAUCUGAUGGAGCUGGCCAACAGAAUGAUCUGCGGUUAUUGUGCCAAAGAGCAGCCAUACAGCAACGGUAAGCCAUGUGUUGGUUGCGGAGGCAUGAUGACAAGAGCCACCUUCACAAGCCACUGGGAGGGCGGACAGGGCUGUAGAAACAAGGCUAAGAUGAGCAGGAAUGACCGGCACAAAUACACCAACACACGUAAAACGGUGGCAAGGAAAAAAAGUGAAUAAUGAUACCAAAGGAUCUUAUUUUCAACCAAUCAGAUGAUUCAUGGCCAGGUCCCCAAUUCAGUCAUUUAUGAGACAUCUUUAGAUUCUCUUUUCAGAUGAUUUUGCAAAAUUGUUUUCUUGCAGUGAUUUUUUUAUUUUUUUUUUUUAAUAAAAUAAAUUUGACAGAUUUGACAUAUUCAGCAUACCCAUUUUCUUUUAGUAGAAAUAAAUAUGCAUAUUAUGUAUGUACAUAAAUUUACUCACACCUUUGGUUUUAGAUUGCUUAAGAAUAUAUGAAAUAAUGCUCAGAGUCAUUUGGACUCAUUUCAGUCAUUUGGAUUAUUAUGAUUUUUUUUUUUUUUAUGCAAUCGCUAAAAUUCUAAUUAUGGAUACUUGUAUCCCAAAUGUAGUAGUGGAAUAAGCAAAAUAUGGAAUGCUAAAUAUUUAUCUGCAUUAUCUCUGAUUGCAAUGGAAAUAAAAUUAUGUAAAAAACCAAA